CGAAUAGCGACACGAGAGUGUUAUGUUUGUUUACAUUUUUGUUGUGGCCCACAUGGUAUGCAAUCGUAGUGUCGUAGCGUAAAUUGUUUGAGGAAGAGUAACAGUACUAACCGUGUGUCAUGGGCAAGAAAGAUAAAAAUAAGAAAAAGGGGAAGGGAGCUGAGAAAACCGCUGCGAAGACAGAGAAGAAGCUGUCUCAGAAACAGAAGAAAGAACUCGCUGCAAUUGGUGAAGAUGAUAUUGAAAAAAUUGUUGCCCAAAUCGAAAAAGAAGAGCAGAAGAAAAUGCAAACUGUGGAACUGCGUGUCGGCCCACCAAGCAGAAGAGUGAACUUUUCUUUUGUUCCCCAUCCUGAAAAGGAUGAGCUAAUUUUAUUUGGCGGAGAAUAUUUUAAUGGACAAAAAACGGAGAUGUACAAUGAUCUCUUCUUUUACAACAUCCCACGCAACGAGUGGGUGUUAGUUAAGUCGCCAGGAGCUCCUCCACCACGCAGUGGUCACCAGGCUGUUGCUGUAGCAGCUGGGAAAGGGCAGCUGUGGAUUUUUGGUGGGGAAUAUGCCAGCCCUUCACAGUCUCAAUUCUAUCAUUACAGAGACCUUUGGGUUUACCAUUUAACUACAAAAAAGUGGGAGAAGAUAAGUGCUCCUGGAGGACCAAGUGCUAGAAGUGGACAUAGAAUGGUAAAUGUGAAGAAAAAACUCAUAGUGUUUGGUGGUUUCAGAGACAAUGUAAGAGAUUACCAAUAUUUUAAUGAUCUUUAUGCUUUUAAUAUGGAGGAUUACACAUGGAAAAAAUUAGAACCAUCAGGUACUGCUCCUGUUCCACGAUCAGGAUGUCAGAUGCUUGCACUCUCAGACAACAGAAUAUUGAUCUUUGGAGGUUAUCAUAAAGAAAAGCUCAAGAAAGAUGUUGAUAAAGGAGUGAUCCAUACGGACAUGUUCUUGUUGUCCAUGGACAAACAUGACCAAAGUGGCACAAAGUGGAAGUGGCAGCCAAUCAAACAAUCAGGAUCAGUGCCUAUGAGAUGUGGUGUCUCUGUUGCAAUGACCACAGGAAAUAAGGCUUAUACAUUUGGUGGUGUGUGUGAUACUGAAGAAACAGAGGAAGAAUUGGCUGGCACAUUCUACAAUGAUCUGCAUGCAAUUGAUCUUGAGAAAAUGUCAUGGAGGAAAGUUACUUUAUGUAAGAAAGAUAUGACAACAUCAAAAAGAAGAAGAAAAAAGGAAAAAGAUGUUGCUGGUGGUGAUGAAGUAGAAAGUGAAGGAGAGAGUGCAGAAGAAAUGGAUGUUUCCCCAACAGAGACAGAAGUAAACGAGGAAUGCACUACUGUUGCUGAUGAUGGCGUUUUCAAAGUCACUAUUGGGAAACCUGUGCCCUCUGUUCACAGUACAACAGAAGAAACGAUUGUUAAUGAAACUAACACUUUUUUUCCUUCGCCUAGAAUUAAUUGUGGCCUUGCCAUUAAGCGAAGUGUGCUCUACUUGUACGGUGGCAUGGUGGAAGAUGGAGAUAAGGAGUUUACAUUGUCAGAUUUUUACACCUUAGACCUCCAUAAGCUGGAUGAAUGGAAAACCCUCAUAGCAAGUGACUUAGCCACACAAGAAUGGAUUGCUUCAGACAGUGAAUCGGAUGGAAGUGAUGAUGAUGAGGAGGAGGAGGAGGAUGAUGAAGAUGAAGAUGAGGAUGAUGAAAAGGAAGAUGAAGAAGAGGGUACUGCCAGCAAAAAAACUGAAAACAAUGACGAAAAUAAUUUGAAAAUGGAAACAGACUGAUUGUGACUGACCAAGUUUUGUUGUUAUUUAAAAACUUUUUUUUUUCAAAUACGUUAUUACAUAUUUUCGAAAAGAUAUGUGAGAGGUCACUUUUCUUCCUUUACACAUAUGCACAUCCAACCGAAUGUGAUGUUCCCAUGUAUGCAGAUAAUCCGUUAAAAAAAUAAGGAUAAAUACAAUAAGUUUUAUCGGAGUACGUGAAAUGUUCAUUGGUGGCAAUAAUCAGUUCCUUGAAAUUUUUUCCCCACUACUUCAGGAAUAAGGAAAAGUUGCUUAGAACUAAAUCUACAGAUCUGCACUUUUGAUGUUGUGACUGGCACUGUUUAGGGGUACGGAUUCCCUGAUGAAAGGGCAUGUAACAUGCCAAUCUUGAUCACCAAUCAAUCCAACACUGACCCAUAAUUGGCUCCAGUUGUGCUUCUGUCCAUCCCCAAGUAAUCUAUUAGUAUUUUAACUUAUCACCAAAUAGUAGAGCCACUGAGACAUUGGCAGGCUCAGAAACAAAAUUAAAAACAUAAAACAUCAAAACAUAAAAAAUAUGACACCACACAGAUCGAUUGUCAAAUCGAAACCAGCUGUAUUUUGACCGCCAUCUUGUCCACUGCACUACACAUUUGUUUUUGUGACCAUGUUUCCAAGUUACUGGUACUUUUGUGUAAAUUUGUGAACAGUGAUCAAGAGAGCCACAGAAAUGGAAACACCUCAGCUCGUCACAAUGAGACUGCCACCACAUGAACAAAGUGAGUGACUGUUACAAAACAUUUUCAUGCAAACACCAGUCCAACUUACAAAGUGACAUCGCCUCUUACUAAGUAUUCUCUUCUUCCACAGGAUAACCACAGCAUUUAUGAACAGACUGUUUAACAUCUGCAUGAUCCUAUUGUUAAAUUGUUUUUGUAAUGCCAUGUAGCCUGAUGAUGAACCCCUCGAAACAUGCCACAAAAUAAAUAAGUAAUACAUUGGUUAAAA